UUAAAAUUAAAAAGACACUCGACCGUUAGUCUUCUCUUCCAUAUCAUCAAAACCAGUACCACUGCUUGUUCUGUGUCAGAAAUUCUGUGAACUCUAGCUACUGACAACAAUGGCGGCCGGAGAUUUCGUUUUUACGGCGGAUGAGAUGGCGGUCGACGACAACCUCGGCUACCCGAAAGCGUUUGCUUUGCUGUGUAAAGACAGAAGCUUUAGCCCUUACAGCCGCGCCCCUCCUUUCACUUUCAUUCCUUACGCCCUGCCUCCCCAAGAGGUUUUGAGAUCAAAGGAAUUGGAUGAGAUGUUUCCCAUCAUUGAUCCGAAUGCCAAACCCACAGCAAAGGCUAAGAUUUUUGUCAGUCUCCUGUGGAAGCAACUCAACCAUCUUGGGAAUGCAGGCUUUGAUCCUGAAAAAUUUCGGGUAGAUCCAUAUGGAAAUGUUGUGUACUAUCAUGCUGAUUCAGCUUCACCCCUGGCAUGGCAUAUUGAUCAUUGGUUUCCUUGUUCAAGAGGGGGUUUAACUGUUCCAAGUAAUCUAAGAAUUUUACAGUGGCAAGUUUGCAAGAAAAAGCAUAACCAGCUAGAAUUUCUCAUACCAUGGUGGGAUCUUCAAGUUGGCUUAUCCAUAAACCAGUUUUUAUCCAUCUUUGCCUCGACGAAUUCGGAUUUCAGGCACAGGGGAUUUUCAUGGCUGUUUCCAGAAGGGGAAAAUGAAGAGUUGAAUGAAUCUCAGACAGUAGAUUCCCAUGUUUUCCCUCAACAUUAUAUGGAAUCGAAAAAGAAGAUAGGCCUUGCUCCAGCUGCUGUUGUUCUCAGCAGGAGGGAAUCUUAUGAUUCAGCUCUCAAGUCUUUGGACAUCAACAGAAGGCCAAGAUCAAGCACCCCUAUAAUAGCAGCUUCCAAGAAACUGAAAGAAAAUGAAGAUCCUGACAUGGUAAGCAAUCCAUACCAGGCCAUUGUGAUUGCCCGAAAUUCUUUGAAACAGCGCGAAGAAGCAGCAAAGAUGCAGGGAGAAAUACAGAAAUUAGACGAUGAAGUGAGUGAUCUGAAGCAGAAAGCCGAGGAGGAGAAAGUGAGCAUCCAAGAUUUGGAGUCGAUUCUGAUCAAGAAAAGGCGGCGUGCUGAGAAGUGUCGCAAGCUAGCCGAGGCACAGUCCUCACAUAGAGCAAUGCUGGAGAAGAUGAUUCGAGACGCCAUGCAUCAGAGUGUUGUGUAUAAAGAACAAGUGAGAUUGAAUCUGGCUGCAAGUAAUGCACUUAUGGCAAGGCUUGAAGCUCAAAGAGCAAUCUGUGAUUCUGCAGAGAAAGAAUUGUACCAGAAAUAUAAGCAGAGAGACGAGCUAGAGCUACAAGUUAAACCGGAAUUUGAGCAGAGAAGAAAAAGAUCAAGAAUGGAUCUCCUAGUUGAAGAUAAUGAUAAUAAUACUUCUCUGGAUUCGCAAGAAAAAGAUGGAAAGCUGGUGUUAUAUUUACCAGACAGAGACUCGAGCGACCAAAUUCAUAAGCAAUUGAGAGUGUUCUUGGAGGAAGAACAGAAAGCAUCAGAAGCAGAACUAUCAGCCAUCGAAGAAGAGCAAGAGCAAGAACCCGUGAAUGAAAUUAUCCCGGAACAACUUGAGAAACACGGAACAAAUGCAGUGGAUGUAGAGAAUGAAAACCAGGAGGGCGAGAAAAAACUUCUGGAGGGGAUAUCUGUCAACCUCGAGUUCCCAGUUUUUCAUGAACCGGAAAUAGAGGAGGAGGAUGAAGAGAGUAGAAAGCAACGUGGGAAAGGAAACAUUGAAAAAUGGCUUCAUUUGCUGUUGGAAAGCUCGGAUGAUGUAGAAGAAGCUGUGAAAGACUUGCAGGAGGCAAAGAACCAGGUAGUCUCAGACAAAGAGAACGAAAAAAACGAAGAGAAACAGGAAGAAACAGCUAUGGUGGUGAAAGCCAAGAACACUCCCACCCGGAAUCCUCCUCCAUACAGACUGCAGCCCAGAAAAAGCGUGGAUGCCACCUGCAAAACAGUUAGACAUUCGGAUAGUUUUGACACAAGUGAAAAAACGGUGAAGGAAAGAAAACUGACCAGGUCGGAAAGUGCAAGGGGAUUUAGGCGCAUUCCAUCUUCUCCAUCUCUGAUCUUCAGUGGCAUGAAGAAGAGAGUCGAUUGCAUGGGGAAGAAGCCAUUGGUGACCGGAGACUAUGAUGAUACAGAAGAUGAAGAGGGAGUAGCAGCCAAGAAAAGCUUCAUCAAAUCAUCCUUCAAAACAAUUGUCAAAGCAAUGAAGAUAUAAACCAAAUUCAUCUAUCUAUACAUACAUUCUUUUUGGCUUGAUUUUUGUGUUGUAUUGUUUCAUAAUGUGUGAUGCAAUAACAGCUUGUUGUGAGUGGACCA